AUGGCCGCCGCGCUCCGCGGGGACCGAGAGCGACAGACAGACACCGAGAGCUCACAGGCCGGCCGGGUCAGACCCUGCCGGGCACUCUGCAGCCAGCGUGGCCGCGCCCUCCCGGAACUGGCGGCCGGCGCGGCGGUGAGAGCGAUGGAGGUCCUUCCCGCGGGCGGGAUGCAGGAGUCGCUGCUGCAAGCCGAGGCGACGGCGGGGCACUCGGCAGCCGAGGGCGACGAGGAGCCGCAGCCCUACGGCCGCACGAGCCGCACGGCGUCCCUAGUGAGCGGGCUGCUCAUCGAGCUCUACAGCUGCACCGAGGAGGAUGAGGUGGCAGCCGGCGGGGACCGUGCGUCCCGGGGUCACCCCCCGCGCAGCGACAGCCUGGAUAGUUCCACCGAGACCUCGGGUUCCGACGUAUUCCUGGGAGGUCGCGGCGUGGGCGACUCCCGAGUGCUGCAGGAGCUGCGGGAGCGGCCGAGCCUGCGGCUCCAGAUGCAGUACCUGCGGCAGAAAGACUCUAGUGAGCUGAAGACAAUCCUUCGCGAGCUGAAGUACAGGAUUGGGAUCCAGUCGGCGAAGCUACUCCGGCAGCUGAAGCAGAAAGACAGACUUCUGCAUAAAGUUCAGAAGAACUGCGACAUUGUGACAGCCUGCUUGCAGGCUGUGUCACAGAAGAGAAGUGCCUCAACAGGCACCGAGUUGAUGUCACUUAAAGUCGUGUCCUUGCUCCCUUAG